GUUCAUCACGCACUCCCUCUCACUCCUAUAAAAGCAAACGAAUGUUGAUAUACUUUGAGACAAAAAUGCGUUUUAUUCUUUCUAUCGCACUUCUUUUUGCUGUUCUUGAUGGAAUGAAUUGUCAAGUUCUUGGUGGAUUUUCUAAUCUGAACGCUUCCGAGUAUACCGGAACUGCUUGGAAAUCGGUACCGGAAAUAAACAGUAACAGUAUUGAACAAAACUAUAUGGUCCCAAUUAAGGUUUAUUUUUGGUGGAAAGCGUGAACUUUACAAAGUGUCCAUUUGGGAAAAGCUAUGGGAACAUUUUGAGCAAAUUGAAAAAAUCAGAGAUGUGAAAGCGGACGAGAAAUUUGAAAUUAAAUUGAAUGAAUGUACCCACUGCAAAUUGUUUCUUUCUUUUUUAUUUAUAUUUGAUAACAAAUAUCCUUUUUUUUUAAAUUUGACUUGUAUCUGAAUUUAUUUACAAUGUCAUAUAGAAUUUAAAAUUCGUACUAUGUACUUUUCCUCACACUGAAGGAGCUGGAAAUCUCCAGGAAUUUCUAAAAUACCAUUGCAAUCUAAAACAAUAAACAUUGUCAUGUCUUAAGAUACUUUUUUAUUUAUUUUUGCACAAAUUCUUCUAAUAAAAUUUCUCCU